GAGCACGUGCUGUUUGUGCACCGCGAGCUCGACGUCUUCCGCAUCCCGCCCAGGACGGGCGCGGGCGGGUGGCGCAGCGGGGAGUGGCGGGUGGCCGACAAGAUCUUCACGGGGCGGGUGCGGGUGGUGGCGGUGGGGGAGAAGCUGGAGGUGCGCCUGGAGGACCCGCAGACCGGCGAGCUCUUUGGCGUGGCGCCGGUGCCCGCGGGCCAGGCGCACACCGUGGUGGAGCAGGCCUCCGACUCCAGCCGCAACUUUGUGCUGCGCCUGGAGGACGCCGACAGCCGGCGGCACGCGUUUGUGGGGGUGUCGUUCGGCGAGCGCUCCGCCGCCUUUGACUUCAACGUCGCCAUCGGCGACCACGAGCGGCAGCAGCGGCGGGCGGCGGAGAUGGCG